UGAUGAUGAUGAUGAUUGGAAUCUGAAAGGCGAGUGUAGUGCGCGUGAAGCGGCUUCUGUGAACAUCAGUAGGUUGAUGCCUUAAUAACAAGUGUUCAAUUCACGCGCCAGUUCAAGAAGCACUCAAGGAGCAAGAGGAGCAAAGCAAACCCUUGAGAUGUUAUAAAUAUUGAUGUAAUGGAUUUAACUAAAAUGGGUGUGAUCCACCUCCAAAACCCUGGCCACCCCACAUCGCUCCUGCAGAAGGCCAACCAGAUGCGCCUCUCCGGGACAUUGUGUGAUGUGGUCAUCAUGGUCGACAGCCAGGAGUUCCAUGCCCACAGAACCGUGCUUGCAUGUGCUAGCAAGAUGUUUGAGAUACUGUUCCACCGCAACAGCCAAAAUUACACUCUGGACUUCCUCUCACCAAAGACCUUUCAGCAGAUUCUCGAGUAUGCCUACACUGCCACGCUUCAAGCCAAGCUGGAGGACCUAGACGACCUGCUGUAUGCAGCAGAGAUCUUAGAGAUAGAAUACUUGGAGGAGCAAUGUCUGAAGAUUUUGGAGACCAUCCAGGCAUCUGAAGAGAAUGACACCGACAUGAAUAUGAACGAGAACAGAGCUGAUGAUGUCGAUGACCGCAAGAUCAAGUACCUUAAGAGCACAUUUAUCUCGAAAAAGCAGUCCGUACAGGAGGGCGGCUAUGGUAAUGCCACCCGCCAUCGCUUGGCCCUGGUUAGCAUGGUUGACAAGCGAUCUUCAGACUCAGCCCAACUGGGUCUACCAUCCAUCAGCCCAACAAAGUCCGCCAUAGAGGGCCUGAUGAGCAUGGGUCAGUCUGCCUUCCAAGGAAACAUGCCCCAAAGCUUUGCACAUAAUCAUGGUAGCGCAUCUCCAUUGCUUGAUAGGAUUAAAACAGAGAUGAUGCAGGUAGACGAAGAGUACCAACAUGAAGGCGUCUUCUCCAGGAACGGAGAGGGCGGCAGUGACUCGAGGCAGCACCGGGACACUCCCGGAACCCCUACCAGAAGCAGCGUCAUCACCAGCGCUCGCGAGCUCCACUCUGCCGAUAGUUCUGCCGAUUCCCAGGGAGACGGCAACCAAGCGGGCCUCGUGAACAUGGCCAGUCUAGCUGAAAGACAUUUUGCAUCACUGUGCUCAAUACCUUCCAACUAUAACAGCGAGGACAUGCUGCCCUUGCCUGUGUCCAUGGCUUCGUCGUUACAUGUGCCGUCCUCCCUGGCAAUGUCCAUGGAUUUCAGUGCCUAUGGGGGGCUCUUCCAUCAGAGCUUGAUUCAGAGGGAGUUCUUGAGCAAGCUUGGGGCAAAUAUGAAGCACGAGGCCCAAACCCAGAAAGAACGAUGCGAGGUGUGCGAUAUGGAGAUGCCUGAUAAUGAAGCUGCUGAACAACACAAGAAGUUGCAUGGUGGAGUGAAGACCUUUGGCUGCGAGUUCUGCGGAAAGCAGUUCCUGGACAGUUUACGACUAAGGAUGCACAUGUUGUCUCAUUCAGCUGGACCAAAAGCACUAGUAUGUGAUCAGUGUGGUGCUCAGUUCUCCAAGGAGGAUGCACUGGAGGCCCAUCGGCAAACACACACAGGUUCAGACAUGGCCGUUUUCUGUCUCCUGUGUGGAAAGCGUUUUCAGACGCAGAAGGCUUUGCAGCAGCACAUGGAGAUUCACGCCGGCAUGCGCAGCUACAUCUGCAGCGAGUGUGAACGCACCUUUCCGAGCCACACGGCACUCAAGCGGCAUCUCCGUUCACACACAGGUGACCACCCGUUUGAAUGUGAGUUCUGUGGGAGCUGCUUCCGUGAUGAGAGCACGCUGAAGGGACACAAGCGCAUCCAUACCGGAGAGAAGCCUUAUGAAUGUAACGGCUGCGGAAAGAAGUUCAGCCUAAAGCAUCAGCUGGAGACCCACUACCGCAUCCACACAGGUGAGAAACCGUUUGAGUGCAAGCUGUGUCACCAGCGCUCACGAGACUACUCGGCCAUGAUCAAACACCUGCGCACCCACAACGGCGCUUCGCCCUACCAGUGCACCAUCUGCCAGGAGUACUGCUCCAGCCUCUCAUCCAUGCAGAAGCACAUAAAGGGCCACAAGCCUGAGGACGUCCCCCCAGACUGGAGAAUAGAGAAGACCUACCUGUACCUCUGCUACGUGUAAGACAGGGGGUGCCAGAUGCAGACAAAAGAACCAGGAAUGUGGUGAGAUGUGCCCACGGUGAAACCUGAAGGUUUGCUUUUGGGCUAGGCCAAAGACAGUGAGGGGGCAUGGUCAAAGUGAUGAAGUGAUGUGGAAUUUUUGACGCUUUGUUUGUGUUUGCAUUGAUAUGCAUUUGUUUAAGCACAUCUUUUAGGAUGUAACUGCACUCAUACAUGUUUAUGAAAUGGAAAUGUGAUAUGUCUAUUGGUGUGAUAAAGGGACGUGAAUUUUCAGAAAGUAUUAGUACAGUCCACUGCUUCAAAUUUGUGAUCCCUUCAAAAAAAAGAAAAAAAAGAAAAAAGAAAACGGACAGGGAUCCAUUUGUUUGCAUUCCACUUUGUUUAUCUAAGAAAUUUACAGCAUUAUUAAACUUGUAAUGUUUUAUUUCCAUAAGGAUUCCCUUGAUAGCGCACUUUUGUUCAGUGAACAAAACCUAUAGGCCAUAGAUAAUUAAGGAAUAUUCUGGGUUCAAAACAAAUUAAGCUCAAUCUAAAGCAUUUGUAGCCUAAUGUUGAAAAGCAGAAAUGUGAAGCUUAUAAUUUUAUAAAAGCACUUACAUUAAUUCUACUUUUAAAACUUGUGUAAUGUGUAUUGGGUAUUGUCUGAGCUGUAAAGUUUAAAUCGUGUUUGCAGUAUUACAUGGUUUACAGCUUUGCGACAUCAUGGCAACGAAGUCACAGAAAAGGUUGGUAAGCGAUUUUAUCACACUGAAAUCAUGUAACACCCAUAUUGUUUAUGUCUUGUGGCUAUACUUUUGAAACAGUCAGAUUGGCCUCAUUGACUUCCAUUGUAAGUGCCUCACUGGAACCCAGAUAUUUGCUUUUUUUAAAGAAAAAGAUGGACAAGUUGAAAUUAAUUUUUGUAAUAAUACACAUUAUGUCACAAAUGCUGUUGAUUGAGCGAAACUAGUAUUGAACACGGAAAAUUACUUUAAAGCAUGAUAUGGAGUGAAAUCAGAACGUGGACCAAAGCUCAACUUAAACUUACACGUGAUGAAAAAUAUGUGAUAAACACAUCAGUGGAAAAAUUUUGAUUAUUUUAUAUAAAAACGUGUGAUGAAAUGCACAGAUUAGUCAUUUUCUUCAAAGCGGAAUAAAGUGCUUAACGAAACACGAUUUUCUCAGAGGUACAUCCAAAUUGUGCUGCCAAGCAACUGUAGUGAUUGUUCAGGGACAUUUAUUCAAGCUUAAAUAACUACACUGUGCACUUUCAGAGUUUUGGAGGCCCUUUUUUGUUGUUUCAAGCACCGCUUUUAGUGCAUUCAGAUGAAGCUAGAGAGGUGAAUCCAUGCGAUUUGCUUUAGAUUUCAGUCAGUUUUAUAUCAGCUAAUACAGUUUGCAAGUUAAUUUCACAUUUAAGCCCAUAUGGGAUCAAACUGAAAUAUAAUUGCAGUGACACAGACAUUUUUAGUCAAAGAACGAGCUAAUCUUGCAACUAAUGAACUUAAUGUGACAUUAGAUUUUAAUACACAGAAAUGAAUUGAUGAAUUAAAAAGAUUAUUUUUUAGAUUAAAACAUUUAAAUGCAGUGUAGUUAUCUCGCCGUUAUUGUUUAUCUUUGUGUUCUGACAACUCUGUGUUAAAACGUUUUACUUGAAUUGCCUAAUUUUGUUACCUCACAUGCUAGAUUUAUUUUUGUACUCGUCUCUUUUUCUCUCAUUUCCUGCUGAGCUGUGUUUAAGAGUGGAAAUUAUUCUUGGUUAUGACAGAACGGAAUUAAUCAGUAUCGGUAUACCACAUUCUUCAGUGGUGUAAUCUUGUUAGUAAGCUCCAUACUAGUCUGAAACCCUUGCACUAUUGUGCAUAUCUGCCCCUCGGCUAUCUGUUUCAGGGCUACCUCUACACUGCUCUUGGUUUUGCACUAAAGCAAAAGCACACUUUUGUUUUGCUUGUAACUAGCAUUUUCAUAUACACACUGUCUCAUUUUCCAUUCUCAGAAAUCUCGGUUUGUUUGUCAUUAUAUUUACACUCCUUUCGAUUAUAAGUUCUUUUCAGCCUGAAAGGGUAGAUGCAUUCAUUCUGAAUGAUUUUAAGAUUGUGUUGAGAAAAUGUUUAGUUAUUAGAUACUUGAGGGAUAAACUUGAAACAAUGAGAAUAGAAAUGAUCUUUUUAUGUGAAAAUUAUUCAAGCGUUGAAUCAUCUUAAAUGCAGUACUCAUGUGCAGUUAUGUGGGGGGCAUUAGCUUGAAGGAAACAAAAAGGAAAAGGUGAUUUUCUGUGAAAAUAAAUCUCUCUGACAGGAGCCAAAAGCGGCACUCUGAUAAGGGAAUAUGUUGUAUUUUUGUACGGGGUAAUGUGUGACCCCUGUUCUUUUAUUCAUUUGAGUGAGGCAAAUAUUUUUGCGGUAACUUUUGCAUUGUGCUUGUUCUUGAUUUGAGUGUAAAAUUGUUUUCUUGUGCUUAUUUUACAAUGUUAAAAAUAUAUAGUAGUAGAUGUUUGUAAAAACAUAUCGUAGUCAUUGCUGCUGGGUGUCAGUUCAUAAUUGACGAAGAUGAUGGUGAUGAUAAUAAUUCCAAGUUUUGAGAGUGUAAAAUAACUUUGAGUGAACUAAUGCCAAGAGCUGUAGGCCCAUCACAGUUCAUGGAGCACAACAAAUCCACAAUUAAAGAUGUAUAUGUAUAUCUUUGUAUUGUAUUCACCACUCACUGUAAGAUUAGAGUCACCUUUAAGAUCUGUACUGGUCCUCGUGUUUGCAGUGUGAGUCAAUGUGUGAAACUUAUUAAGUGUUAAAUACAUGCACCAGUUCAAAACAUGACAGAUAGGUGCUCAUGUAAAUUAUUUGACACAUCUUCUGUAUUCAUGUACACACGGAUCAGUUUUUGUUCUGUAUUUUGUCUUUAUACAAAGUUACCUUGAUAUGAACUGUACUCUAAGGCAAUCAGGGAUGCCUUCACUUAAAGGAAUAUUUCACCCAAAAAUUUUAAUUCUCACAUCGCUUACCCUCGUGCAAUCCCAGAUGUGUAUGACUUCCUUUCUUCUGCUGAACACAAACAAAGAAUUUAAGAAGAAUAUUUCAGCUCUGUAGGUCCGUACAAUGCAAGUGAAUGGUGACCAGACCUUUCAAGUUCCAAAAAUCACAUAAAGGCAACAUAAAAGUAAUCCAUACAUCUCCAGUGGUUAAAUCUAGGUUUUCAAAAGCGAUAUGAUAGGUGUGGGUGAGAAACAGAGUCCUUUUUUACUAUAAAUUUCCACGUUCACAUUCAAGUGAAACUGGAGAUUUAUAGUAAAAAAGGAUUGAAAUAUUGAUCUGUUUCUUGCCCAAAGUGAUUGCAUCACUUCAGAAGACAUAUGUUUAACCAAUGGAGUCACAUGGAGUACUUUUAUGCUGACUUUAUGUGAUUUUUGGACCUUUAAAUGUCUGGUCACCAUUCACUUGCAUUGUAUGGACCAACGGUACAGAGAUAUUCUUCCAAAAAUCUUAAUUUGUCUUCAGAAGAAGAAAGAAAGUCAUACACAUCUGGGAUGGCAUGAGGGUGAGUAAAUAAUGAGAGAAUUUUCAUUUUUGGGUGAACAAUUCCUUUAACUCACAGAACAUCGGAAAUAUUGCAUUUAAAAUAACAAUCCACACUUCUUGGUCAUUAUAGAAAUGCUGUUCUUAGUUUUGUUUAUAAAAACUAAAGUUAAAUACAUUGGAAAACAACAUUGUGAAAAUGGCAAGUUUGACUUGUCAUUAAGAUUUUUAUUUUUUAUUUUUUAUUUUUUCCAUUAUCACAAGCAAUAAAUCUACAGGUUAGCUUGUAAUUGCAAACUUGGCAUCCCUGCUGCUGUAUCACUGUGUUUAACUUUGCUUUCGGACAGGAAGUAGCCAUGUCACUCAGUGCUCCCAUAUUUGUGCCAUUGUUAAACAAAUUACUACUCGGACUGAGGAUCCACGUGGGACCAAAAGGCCAUUUUUGCUACAUUGGCCUUGUUCUAGAGACAAAACUGUGUUCGUGGUGUCGAAAUGGUUUUACAUUCGUUGUGUUUUACUUUAUUGUAUUGUCUACCUCAGCACCAGUUCUUUGUGUAAUUUUGAAAAAGGUGCCCAAUUAUUGUUACUUUGUUUUGUGCAUACAUUUUGUAUUAUAGCCUUGUAGGGUUUUUCUUUUCUUUAUUUCAGCAUAGAGAUGCUGUUUUGAAGCACUGUGUAGUGAUUUUGAUGCUGCAAUUAGAGGUGUAGGUUCCUUUUCCCUUCUCUGUGUGGGUUCAGACACAUCUCUGUAUAUGUCAGUGUUCUAAAAUAAACUUCUCAAUGAAACUGUAUGGAAAA